CAAACCCUAAUUUCCGAAACCAGAACCCAGCCCCCCUUCCGCGAGGAGAGAAAGAGAGAGAAAACCCUAAAAAUGGUGAAGUUUCUCAAACCAGGGAAGGCCGUAAUCCUCCUUCAAGGUCGUUACGCCGGGCGCAAGGCCGUGAUAGUCCGCAACUUCGACGAAGGUAGCCGCGACCGCCGUUACGGGCACUGUCUUGUCGCCGGCAUCAACAAGUACCCGAAGAAGGUGAUUCGCAAGGAUUCCGCCAAGAAACAAGCGAAGAAAUCGAGGGUCAAAUGCUUCGUCAAAGUUGUGAAUUACAAUCACAUUAUGCCUACUCGUUACACUCUUGAUGUUGAUCUUAAGGAUGUUGUUUCUGCUGAAGUUCUUCAAUCCAAGGAUAAGAAGGUUACUGCUGCGAAAGAGACUAAGGCUAGGUUCGAGGAGAGGUUCAAGACUGGAAAGAAUCGUUGGUUUUUCUCCAAACUCAGGUUUUAGAGAAAGAAAAAACAGUAAUAUUUUUCAUGGUUUUUUUUAUUCCAAUGUUGGAUUUGUGUUAUCUUUUUAGGAUUAAUUUUGGUCACAUUAUUGCUAUGGUUUUGUUUAUGGGUAUUUUCGAUGAUUUUGAUAUAUGAUGAACCCAUUUUAUCAAUGCUUUAUGCUAUGUUGUUCUGUUUAGUGAUUA